AUGAACGACGGGCAAGACAACAGACGCAAGUGCGAGAGAAGACGCGCAAGAGCAGAUCUUUCCCGCGAUGACAUGUUAUUCUUGCUCAGUGUUUUGGAGGGAGAGCUUCAGGCGAGAGAUGAAGUCAUUGCCGUGUUGAAAUCAGAGAGGACCGACUCGGCUCUACUGAAGGCCCACUACGGUUUUAUUGGAUUGGAGGGGGCGCUACGUUCCCUGCACGGAGACUUGCUGCAGACGCGACAACAGGACCACCUACACGAUGUGUACAAAACAGCUAUGUAUGAGCUUAUGAAUUUUAUACAGUCCCAGAAAAGGUCAAACAACCUGUUGCAGGAGCAGCUUCUUGAGGUAUCCAAUGCUCACUGGUAUGCUGUUAGCAGAAGUGAAGUGCAGCAGGGAUACCACCGGGAUUUCGUUCAAAAGAAUAAGUGCUUUACGACGCUACUGGAGGACGACCAAGAGAGAUUGAAGCUCCUGAUUGUCAAGGAACGGCAAUAUCAGGAGUUAAAGGAGACUAUCCGAGAGCGAGACAUAUCGCUACUUAAAGAGGAGUUGAAGCAGUUGAAGGCUUUUGCUUCACUGCUUGUAAAGGAGCAUAAGCACUUGAAGGAGUUGCACGAAUGUCAUGUCAAAGAACUGAGCGCCAUCGCAAAAGUUAUUGACCGGGACGCCAAAGAACUUUGGCAGCCAAAUUCCAUGCAUCCAGAGGCGGAGCGACACAGUUCAGCCAGCUGCUCGCCUUACGCCAUGACAGCUCAACUAGCCGACGGUGCGGCUCAAAAUCAGCCGCUUAGACACCAACACUCCGGUGUUGGACGCCGGACAGAUGCUCUGGAAGAAACGAGAAGUUCCGCAAGGGAAAAUAAGGCAAUGCAGCAGCCCGGCGAUCGGGAAACGAGACAGCCGAGCUCUCUGUCAGAAGUGGAGGUACUGAGGCGAAGGGUGGUGGAAAUGGAAGGGAAGGAUGAGGAGCUUAUCCGCAUGAGAGACCAAUGCCGGGAUCUGGAUAGCAGACUAGUGAAGGAAACCAAAAACUGCUCUAGCCUGAAGAUUGAGGUAAAUAGGCUGAAUGGGCGAAUCAGUGAAUUAGACCGCAUUGAGGAGACUUUGGGUAAAAGCAAACAAGAGUGUUGCAGUCUGCGGGAUAGCUUGGAAAAAGAGAGGGAUGUCAGCAAGAUGCUUUCGAGCGAGGUGGACUCCCUGAAGCUCAAAGUGAGGGAGCUGGAGGCAAGUGAGCUCCAACUGGAGAAGAGCGAGGUGGCAAUCAGACAUGACCUGGCCACACUCAGGUCCCUAACGGCGGCCUUAGCAGAAGAUAGAAAGACCAUGUCGGAGAGGCUGCAGGAGGCCGAGGAAAAGCUCGGAAGGCGGGGGAGCAAAAACUCUGCAGGGAAUACUAGAGAAGAAAAUGUGGAACAAAAGAUAACAGGCAUAGCCAAAGAGAGGGAUGAGUUACAAACCAGGCUCGCGGGAGAGCAGCAGAAAAAUGUGGAGCUUGAGAGUAAAAUGUCGAUGAUGAGAAAGAGGUUACAGGUUUUGGAGAACCGGAGAGAAAAGGAGGAAAAGUACACGCAAGGCUCCAACAACGCCAGCCCUCGCUGCCAAACGGAAGAGAACAAAGCCAAACAACUCAUGUGGGAGCUGGAGAGGCUACAGAAAAGACUGCAGGACAAAGAGAUGAUGGAGAAAGAACUCAUGAAAGUCGAGGACAGCUAUGAGUCUCUGGAAAAAAGUUUCAAGGAGGAACAGAUCAAAUCCAUGUCUCUGCUCAAGGAACUCGACUUGGCCAAAAAGGAGCUUUCCAGCUACAAGCAGGCGGAAAAGCAGGACGUAAAUCAGGAGCAUCUCCUCCUUUGCCGUCUUCAGAAGGAGCAGGUUAAAUCGAGGCUGCUGGGGCGAGAGGUCAGCGCCCUCAAGGAGCAACUCCAGCAGCUGAUGGGCACGGAGGAAUCCAUUAGCAGGGUCCAAACAGAUCACUCCACGCUACAGGGUAAACUGAUGCAACAAGAAGUCCGGAACCGGGAACUCGCCCGAGAGAUGCGCGACCUUAGCAGCGAACUCGACAGAUACAGACGCUUAAAAAAUGAAGAACAUUAUCGCCCCACCAAAGAGGUCCAAACUGAACCAGCGGCCAACCUGCCUCCUGACUGCCAACUUCCCUGCAUAAUUAACGAAACAUUUAGCGAGAAACACGCUGAGGACGAUCCGAACCACAACGCCGAAGUCAUAGACAGCCGCGGCACGGCUCUCGUCAGCAACCUUAACAGCUUGAACACUGCCAACAACAUCGUGAGCCAAAACAGAAGCCAUGCAGCCAACGGAGUAAAUGUGCACCAAGCGGCUAACGGGGAUGUGAUGAUGCUCGCGCACACACCGGGGCAGCCGCUGCAAAUCAAGGUAACGCCUCAUCACAUUCUCAACACGGCCACCCUCGAGAUCAGUAGUCCUACUACGGACGCCUCGGCCUCCUACACCAGCACGGCCUUCAUCCCGUCUGGUGGAAAUACACCAAACCAAAGAAUCACCAUCAUCCAGAACAAGUCGCCGCCUUCCAGUCCCGAUCGCUCCAUCUCCCUGCUUAACGGAACACCGGUUUCUCGAAUGAUGAGUCCCAAUUCGUCCCGCUCAGCGACGCCUGACCUCCCGAUCCAGAUCUUGACGGUCAGGACGUGUUCGCCGGAACCGGCUGACCUCGGGAGUCAGGCCUCCUUUUGCAAGACGCCCGAUCGGCAGAACAGCUGGCACCACGUGUGCUCCGGCAGUCCAGACUCGAACCCUAGCAUCAUCACCACGGAGGACAAUAAGAUCCACAUCCACUUAGGGAACCCGUACCUUCCGUCGCACAGCAUGCAGCCACCCGUCGGGCCGUACUACCUUCGGCAUGAGCAGAGGACUCAAGUACUUGCAAAUGGCUGUCAUGUCAAAGGUGUCGGCAAGAUUACAAGUAGCAUUACCAUAUCUCCUGCCACGUCUCCUGCCUCACACUCCCCAAUGUAG